UGAGCGGCGGCCGCAGGGCUUCGCCGCCGGCGGGAUGCUUCCCGUGCCCGGAGCUCGCUUCGUCCAGCUACGGACGUGGGUGUCUCGGAGCUCGGAAUGCGUGUCGCUACGUCGUCUCUAACGCCCGCCUCUCCCUUCUCUUUGCAGGCCAUGAUAAAACCCGACCGCACCGCUCCGAGAGGGUGAAGCGCAGGGUUACAAAAUGCCCAGGCAGGCGGCCGUGCCCGUGGCUCUGGCGGCCUUGCUGGGUAUCGGCGGGGGGCUGGUUCUGUGGAAGGCCGCCCAGCGCCGGAGGAGCAGAGCGCGCUGCGGGAGCCUGCGGGAGGAGGCGGCGGGGGAGCGGCCGGAGGGGAAAGAGAGCGAAGCGGGGGGUAGGGAAGCGCUGCCGCUCUUCGCGUCCCCCACCCUUUCCUGUGUGGAGAGGAGCCUCGGCGCAGAUAUAGUGAUCGUGUCGGAGCGGCAGGAGUGGGACCGGGUGGAGCCUUUGCUGAAGAAGGAGCUGGAGAAGUGGCCGGUGCUUGGAAUGGACUGCGAGUGGGUAUCCGUAGAGGGAAAAGCAAAUCCCGUAUCCCUCCUACAGAUGGCUUCUUCCAGUGGCCUUUGCAUUCUUGUUCGGUUGCCCAGGCUUGUUGCCAGCGGACAGCCUGUCCCAAAGACCCUCCUGGACAUCAUGGCAGAUGAUGCUGUGUUGAAAGUAGGAGUAGGAUGCUGGGAAGAUGCUUGCAAGUUACUUCAGGAUUAUAGUCUUCCAGUCAAAGGGAGUGUGGACCUCCGGUAUUUAGCCAUGAGGCAGCGGAAGGAUCUACUUCACAACUGCCUUAGCCUUAAGUCUUUAGCUGAAAAAGUCCUGAACUGCCCGCUUGACAAGUCUCCUCAUAUGCGUUGCAGCAACUGGGAGGCAGAAGAACUGACACAAGAUCAGGUUCUCUAUGCUGCUAGAGAUGCCCAGGUCUCAGUGGCUCUGUUCCUCCAUUUGUUGGGAUUUGCCUGUCUCCCUGCUACAUCUAAAGGUGAAAACUUUGUUUCUGUUUGGGAAAAAGUAUUGAGUAAAUGCCAAGGCUUGGUGGAUAUCCCAUUUAAAGGAAGAAAAAGUGGCAGCACAGGAGAGGACAAGAGUGGAGAGGCACGUUCUCCUCAGAAGGGAAAGAAUCGGAAAUCUUUGGUGAAUGUCCAUUCCUCUGGCAGUCAGCAAGUGAGAGAUCCUCGGAGGCAGAAGCGAAAGCCUCUGGGUGUGGGAUAUUCUGCAAGAAAAUCUCCACUGUAUGACAACUGCUUCCUCCAUGCGCCAGAUGGACAGCCCUUGUGCACCUGUGAUCGCAAGAAAGCUCAGUGGUAUCUGGACAAGGGGAUUGGAGACCUAGUUAGCACAGACCCAUUUGUUGUGAAGCUGCGGUUUGAGCCUUCAGGACGUCCCGAGUCUGAAGUUGAUUAUUAUCUGAUGGUUAAAGAAAACCUGUGUGUUGUAUGUGGCAAACGGGAGUCCUAUAUUCGAAAGAACAUUGUUCCUCAUGAGUAUCGAAGGCACUUCCCCAUUCAGAUGAAGGACCAUAACUCCCAUGACGUGCUCCUACUCUGCACCUCCUGCCAUGCCAUCUCCAAUUACUACGACAACCAUCUCAAGCAGCAGCUGGCUGAGGAGUUUGGUGCUCCUAUUGGCUCUGAGGAAGGAGUACGUCUGCUGGAGGACCCUCUGCGCAGGCAGGUGCGCUCCGGGGCCCGAGCUCUGCUGAAUGCAGACAGCCUGCCAGACCCUCGAAAGGCAGAACUCCUGCAAGGCAUCAAGGACUUCUUUAACGUAGAAGCUGUGACCCCAGAGAUGCUCCAGGAAGCAGCUGGUCUAGAAACCAGGAUCUGCAAUGAGAGCUACAUGCCACAUGGACUGAAGGUGGUACAGUGUUGUGCUAAAGGAGGCCUGCGCUCCCUUAUGCAGUUGGAGAGACGCUGGCGGCAGCAUUUCUUGGACAGCAUGCAGCCCAAACAUCUCCCAGAGCAGUGGUCAGUGGACCACAACCACACAAAGCUGAUCCGAAAGUAUGGGGAGGAUCUUCAGGUCGAGCUGUCAUGAAACUAAUUUCCUGGACUUAUAAUAGUGUCUAAUGGACGUAUGUAACUGAAAGUGGAAAGACUAUUUUCAUUUCUGUUUCUCCACUAACAUCAGAGCCUGGCUUUGUGAACAGGCAGCAGUGAGUUGACAUUUUACAAAGAGUUAAGCUGCUGACUUGAAUUUUAUCAGGUGGUUUGGAAUUUUUAAUCCUAGACUGUCACUGGAUAGUUCAGUGCAGGAAUUAUAUGCUAAGGGAAUUUUUCUGCUCUAAUUGAUUAUUGGGAGUUAUUUUCUAUCCCUGGGAUGUCUGGUGCCUCCAGACCCUCUCUUUUAACAUAGAGCACAAUAUGUGAACAUUUCCAGGUUUUCGAGAGAUAGAUGUGCACCUUGGCUGCACCACCAGCAUCUCCUGAUAAUAAAUCUUUCUUUGCUUUCAGUGUAGUUGUACUCAAAUGAGUUCUUCCUGGAGAAGAUGCCCCACUAGAGAGAGAUUCCUUGUUUGGAAGUAGUGAAGAAACCUUACUGUUUUGUUUUGCUUUGUUUGUUUCAGAUUCUGCAAAGUUUUUGCAGCACUGCAAUAGGCCUCAGUGAGUUUCCUGUUGCCUGAGGAGAAGUGAUACUGUUUGAUUCUGGCAGCGUGGAAGCAUCUAUGUUGAGUCUUUUUUUUUUUUUAAAAAAAAAAACAGCUUCCAGCAGCACGGAGUCUGUAAAAAGUGUUUUUUCCCCAAUUCCACUUGCUUACUGUGAGUAGCUCUUGGCAGGUACCGUUUCACAUUAGAGUGAAACUCAACCAGGUGUCUUAAAAGGAAUAAGAAAUAAACUUUAUUUAAAGACCAGCUUUCUUUGUUUUUUAAGAAGUCAGAUUAUGUGUGGCAGGAAACUAGAAAAUCAAGUGUUUUCUUCUUGGAUUUGAUUUGUGGUGAUGAUCAGAUCGUACUCUCCAUGCCUGUUUCCCUGUCUCUAAAAUGAGACUAAUAGUACUUACCUAUCUCACAAGGUGUUGUGAGGAUUGAUUAAUCAAGGUUUUUGUAAAAUUCUUUGAAAACUUAAGGUAGUGUGUUCUAAUUACUAUUGUUGUUAUUAAAAAUGUGCUCCUGUCUUGACUUUCUUAAAUAUUUGUGAUUUUUGCCUGAGGUUAGACCAUAGUUAAAAUACAACUUUAUAAAAAUAAAUACUCUUUUCUUUGAA